GAAUGUCGACGGCAUCAUCAAGUAAUUCCAGCGGCGGUGGCGAUGGAGGAGGCGGAGGCAGCGGCAACCGGGCCAACGAUGACAGAAAACCCGGCCAGAAUACCGAGGAGAGUUCCCACCUGCUGGAGGCUGCCGAAAAUGGUGCCAAAUAUGGUUCCAGGCAAGCGGAUCAGGAUCAGGAGAAUCUACUUGGCAAUAUGGUGCAUACAUCGACCGAAAAUAGAUCCAGGACAUUUCCGCAAUAUGUUGCCGCCUUGGCAGCAGCUGGCGGAGCCUUUGCCUGCGGUACACUCCUCGGUUGGACAUCGCCGGCUCAAACGGAAAUCGUUGAUAAUCCCGAUUAUGCAUUUCCCGUCAACGAUGAUCAAUUCUCAUGGGUCAGCUCGGCCAUGACUUUGGGUGCGGCCUGUGUCUGCAUACCCAUUGGCUUUCUCAUCAAUAUGAUUGGACGUAAAUGGACAAUGUUAUUCCUUGUCCUGCCCUUCCUAUUGGGUUGGGGUCUACUCAUUUGGGCCAAGAAUCUGGCCAUGAUGUAUUCGUCACGUUUUAUUCUGGGUAUCGCUGGCGGUGCCUUCUGUGUGACAGCUCCCAUGUAUACGGGUGAGAUAGCCCAAAAGGAAAUCCGUGGCACCCUUGGCAGUUUCUUUCAAUUGAUGAUCACCCUGGGUAUUCUGUUUGUCUAUGCCAUUGGAGCCGGUUUGGAUGUCUUCUACAUGAGCGUGGUCUGCGGCGUUUUGCCAAUCAUAUUUGGUGUCAUAUUCUUCUUUAUGCCGGAAUCUCCCACCUAUUUGGUCUCCAAGAAUCGUUCGGAAAGCGCUGUCCAGUCCAUUCAAUGGCUGCGUGGCCAACAAUAUGAUUAUGCCGCCGAAUUGGAGGAAUUGCAUGAGACCGAUCGCCAGAUACGUGAGAAUAAAGUGAAUGUUUUGUCCGCCCUGAACCGUCCUGUAACACGCAAAGCUUUGGCCAUCAGUCUGGGUCUUAUGUUCUUCCAGCAAGUUUGCGGCAUUAAUGCUGUCAUUUUCUAUUCCAAGAAGAUUUUCGAGGAUGCCAACACUGGCAUAAGCUCUGGCAUGUCCACAAUUUUGGUCGGUGUUAUGCAAGUGGUUGCCACCUUCGUCUCCACUUUGGUGGUGGAUAAACUCGGACGUCGUAUUCUUCUAUUGGCCUCGGGAAUUGUUAUGGCUCUGUCGACCACGGCUAUUGGUGUUUAUUUCUAUUUGAAGGAUCAGGAUGAGGACAGUGUGGAGAGCAUCACUUGGUUGCCGGUGGCCAGCUUGUGUGUCUUCAUUAUUAUGUUCUCGAUUGGUUAUGGCCCGGUGCCCUGGCUGAUGAUGGGUGAACUGUUUGCCACCGAUAUUAAGGGAUUCGCCGGUUCGAUUGCGGGCACAACCAACUGGGUGUUGGCCUUUAUUGUGACCAAGACAUUUACCAAUCUGAACGAUAGUCUGGGAGCUGGUGGCACUUUCUGGCUCUUUGCCGGCCUCACCGUAAUUGGCGUCUUCUUUGUCUUCUUCGCUGUCCCCGAGACCAAGGGCAAGAGCUUGAACGAGAUUCAAGCCGAAUUGGCUGGCAAUAGAUCAACAGAGCAGCAAAUUGUCAACAAGAAUUAAAUGAAAACAAAAAAGAAAGAAAUCCUUCAAAAAAAACUCAACAGAAUUUUGAAGAACUCUGUUUAACUUGCUGUUAAAAAUUUAUGUCGAUUUAUGUUUAAGUGCAAGUCAGAAAGUUCCGUUCGGUUUUCUUUUAUAUAUCUUUUUUUUUUUUUUGUUUAAUUGUUUAAAAAACUUUAUGAAUUUGUGUUUUUACAUAUUAUAUAUAUAGAAUUUAAUGUGUUUUUUCGGUUAGAAGAAAGAAGCAAAAUAGGCAAGUAAGAGCGAA